UGCGAUGAGCAAUAUAUACGUAUCGUUUUCAACGUGCAUCGGUGUUCGACCACCUCACGCGAUCCCCUCUCCCCUCUGAUCUGAUAGUCUGAUUUGAUUCCGGCUGGCAAGUUUUCCUUCAAUUUCUCCAUGCUGUCAGCUUCAACGCUGUUGUCUACUGCGGCUAGAGUAUUCAAGUGAUACAUAGUUUAAAUAAGAAGUGUGUACGGCCUGCAGCAUUUCUAAAAGGAUAUCAUUAUCAUCGAACCAGGCAAUUGUAUCAACACACGUACCAAGUACAACAUAGUGAAUACUAAUCGUAAGGUCGGGUCAAAGCCCCCCCCCCCAGCCUACAAUUUGACUUAGCCUCCAGCCAGAGGAGUCCAACAAACUCCAAUUAUGGAUAUAGCGAGUCUACUUGAGCAGGCCACGGUGGCAACGAAGGAGGGUAGCUUAAAGCCGAGGAACGCAUUUCCAGAACGACCCUGGAUGAGGAACAGUGGAGCCGCGGCAGCCGCGCCCUCCGGCAACAUUGGCCUCAAGGGCAUCAUUGCUGGUGGAAUAACGGGAGGCAUCGAGAUUUGCAUCACGUUUCCAACCGAGUACGUGAAAACUCAGCUACAGCUGGACGGCAAAACGGGGGCCGACAAACAGUACAAGGGCAUACUAGACUGCGUCAACAAGACCGUCAAGAACCACGGAUUCUUCGGACUGUACCGGGGCUUGUCGGUCCUUCUUUACGGCUCCAUUCCAAAAUCGGCAGUAAGAUUCGGCUCCUUUGAAACCGUGAAAAAACAACUUGUGGACGCGGAUGGGAAACUCAACGCUCAGAACCGGCUGCUGGCUGGACUUUGCGCCGGUGCCUGCGAGGCCGUUCUCGCCGUCACUCCCAUGGAGACGGUCAAAGUCAAAUUCAUUAACGAUCAACGUUCGGCCAAUCCUCGCUUCAGGGGCUUCGUCCACGGCGUUGGAAUCAUCAUCAAGGAAAAUGGAUUUAGAGGAGUUUAUCAGGGUGUAGUGCCGACAAUUAUGAAACAGGGUUCAAAUCAGGCGAUUCGGUUUUUUGUCAUGGAAUCGGCAAAGGAGUGGUACAAAGGUGGAGAUAAUAAUAAACAUGUUCCUAAACUAGUCGUCGGUGCCUUUGGGGCGAUAGCCGGAGCCGCUUCAGUAUACGGAAACACGCCUAUCGACGUUGUGAAAACGAGGAUGCAGGGACUAGAAGCUUCAAAGUAUAAAAAUAGCUGGGACUGCGCUGUGCAAAUUUGGAAAAACGAAGGUCCAAGAGCUUUUUACAAAGGAACGGUGCCUAGAUUAGGUAGAGUUUGCUUGGAUGUUGCCAUAACGUUCAUGAUUUACGAUUCCUUUAUGGAAAUGUUUAACAAAUUUUGGCCUUGAGAGUUCAACUAGGAAAAACAAAAAAUUUGUUUCCAAGCCUAUAUUUUUUUGGGACCACAAUUAAAAAACUCAGGAAGAGAAGAAAAAAAAAAAAGAAAAAAAAGAUCUCUGUAAAUAAAUAUCAUUCGCGUAAUGUGCUACCUCACCAAAUGUACUUUACUAAGAAUCAGUAAUUGUCAUUGAUGGCGUGAUGAAAGUGUUUUGUUAAAAGAUUCUUAUUGGCACGUGUUUUGUACAUUUUUAAUUUUAUGAAAAAAAAAAAAAAAAAA